AUGUGGCAAAAAAGGAAAAGAAAAAAGAAAGUCUUCCUUGAUCAGAUGAGAGAUAUUAUUACGGAUGAACACAUUUCAGAAAGGACAACUAAUACGAAAAAAAUGUUUUGCAUGCACUUUCACGAGAUGAUUGUCAUAUCAAAUUUGAAUGAAAUACCAAUACGAGUACUAAUAUUACAGCCGCUGGUCUUGUUCAGAUACCACAAGAAGUUGCUUAGUAGAUGGAUGAAUCGAUUUUUGUUAAUAGGUAUUGAUUUCAUUUCAUAUGUACUGGAAAGAGAAGGGAUAAAAGGCAGGAAUGUUGGAAAGUUUUUUCAUUGGUUUAAUGACGAUGUUUUAGAACUACAGAAGAAAAUAUUAAAUGCAGAUAGGACAACAGAGAAAAACAGCCGUCUCCGUCAAGAAGUUGUGAAUGAAAACUAA